AUGGAAUAUAAAGGUGCACCUUCAGAAGGCCAAAGGCAGGCCAUGUUAGAAAAACAACGAGCAAGAAUGUUAAGUGAAUUCGAAAAGCAACGAGAGAAGAUUACUAAAGAUAACCAAGUUAACAUAACGAACAGUAAAUUUGUCACGCAAUACGAAGACGUUGAAGAUUCAUUGAAAAAAGAAACGAUUGGUCUGGUCAAACUUGAAGAUUUCCAGAAAAUCAGGAAAGAAAUACAAGUUCAAAAAGAACGUGAAGCUGCAAGAACCGCAGAAUUAAAGUAUGAAAAGUUUAAGAAAAAGCGUAAGAAAACCGAAAAAGUCAAAUUAUCAUUUGAUCUUGAAGAAGGUGAAGAAGAUCAAGAUGAUGAGGUUGAGAGUAUAGAGAAUAAUGAUGGUAGCAAGAAACCUAAACUUGGUAAAAACCCUAAUGUUGAUACUUCUUUCCUGCCUGAUAGGGAUAGAGAAGAAGAGGAAAGGAAAGAACGAGAGCAGUUGCGAUUAGAAUGGCUUCAAAAACAGGAGGAAAUCAAAAAUGAGAAAAUAAGUGUCACUUAUUCUUAUUGGGAUGGUACCGGUCAUCGUAAGACCGUCUCUUGUAAGAAGGGUGAUUCAAUCGCAACGUUUCUGGAAAAAUGUAGACAACAAUUUCACGAAUUACGCGGUGUCAGCGUAGACAAUCUAAUUUAUGUAAAGGAAGAUUUAAUCAUUCCUCAUCAUUAUACAUUUUAUGAUUUUAUCAUCAAUAAGGCAAGAGGCAAAUCAGGCCCCUUGUUUAGUUUUGAUGUACACGAUGAUGUUCGAUUGACACAUGAUGCUACUGUGGAAAAGGAUGAGGCAAGUAAGGUGGUUGAAAGGAAUUGGUACGAAAAGAACAAACAUAUCUUUCCUGCUAGUCGUUGGGAAGUGUAUGAUCCUGAGAAGAAUUACGGGAAAUAUACGAUCAAGGAUACAAACAAGAAAUUGGGAUCAUAA